AAACCAUGAAUAUUGUACUGGGCGUUCAAAAUGGGCACUGCCUUCAUUAAUUGGGGACUCCUGCCACCGACCUUCGGACCCUCCGGUGCGGCACCAACACCCACGGGCGGCGGCCUUCCCCCUGGUUCGCCACCCAUAUGGAGGUUGAAGGGCAAUGGGGUGGAGCCUUCCAGCCACUUGCGGAGUGCUUUCCCACGCGCCUCCAGGAAAUCAGGUCGGGGGUCGAAGUAAGUUUUCAAGAAGCAUCAGUACGAAUUUCCACAAAUCUCAGCUCAAUUAAUAGUCGCGGAGAUGAGAACCCGUUUCACUUUCCCUUUUCCUUUUCUCCCGAGGUUGUUCUGAUCGGGGUAAUCUGCCCGACACUUUCUGUUCGUCAUCUUCAAUUUGUCGAUCCCUCAGCCAGGUAGGGCAAUGGCGAAAGCAUUAUGGGACCACUUGAUAAAUUUUUCAACCAAUAUGAAUAUGGUUGUGGAGCCAUUUGGGAAUCUCUUUGAACUUCUCGAGAAUGUCUCCACAUUUGGUUGGAAGUGUUGUGAGUUGAUAAAGUAUCCUGACUGCCUUCGUAAAAAUAUGGAAACUCUCAAAAGAAAAAGUGAUGCAUUGAACGCUCGGGAGGAAGAUAUUGUUAAAAAUCUGAAGCAUGAAGAAUUUAGAUCUCAAAAGAGGCGAAAGGCAGAAGUUGAUAAUUGGUUGGACACUGUGGAAAGCAAAAAGGUUGAUGUGGUAUUAACAAAUUCGCAACUUGAGGAAUUGCAACUCAAAAAUCAUUUACUUGGAGACCCAAAUUAUUUCUCAUGUGCAAAAUUCCUUGUUCAACUUGGAGUGAGAAAAUUUGUUGAUCUUGCAUUGUUAGGAACUUGCGUGGACAAGCAUAUUCAAGAAAUAGAAGAGCUUUGGGAACAGGGUGUUUUCUCUGAAGGGCUUUUACUUGAUACACCACAGGUCAGUGACAAUUUAUUGCCGUUACCAAAGUUAGUGGGUUGGGAAAGAACAUUGGGGGAAAUCCAGUCAUGCUUGGAAAAUGAUGAGACCAUAAGAAUUGGUGUUCUUGGAAAGGAGGGAGUUGGAAAAUCAGUCAUCAUAGGGCAUAUUUAUAACGAACUCUUAAGAAAUACCAGCAAUUUCCGUCAUGUGUAUCUGGUCCCUGUAUCGCCAGAGUUCAGCAUUCUAGAAUUGCAGGAUCGCAUAGCAAAAGAAAUAAACCUCGACCUUUCUGAUGCUGAUGAUGAAAUAAAAAGGGCGGCCAAGUUACAAAAUGCACUAAGAAAAAGAAAUGGAAGUGUCCUCAUUUUGGAUGGUCUUGAGAAACAUUUUCGACUAGAGAAUGCAGGAUUACAACUGCAUGCAAAUAAAUGCAAACUGAUUUUAACUACCCGAUCACAAGAUGUGUGCCGGAAGAUGGGCUGCCACCAGAAUAUUGUCCGAGUGGAGCCUCUUCCUGCCGAAAAAGCGGAAGAGUUAUUCAUUGACAAUCUCUUAGCCCAUAAUCCACUGCCCACAGAAGUAGAGCAGAUUGCAAAGCUAAUUGCUAGAGAAUGUGGCGGUUUGCCUGGUAAGAUUAUCUCCAUGGCUGAGAGCCUGAGGGGAGAGGAUGACAUUGCCGUGUGGAGGAACACUUUGAAAGAAUUCAAAGGGCAUUUACAUUAUUAAUAAAUCAAAAAGAUAAAUCAAAUCCAUCUGCAAGUGAACUCAGUUUCCUGAUGCUGAACAGCCAAUUUGUUUACUUAGUAAUCUGAGCAUUGCCAUGUUUUCUCUAUCAAUCCACCUAUUAUAGAAUGUACAGUGAACCAAGAAUGGCUGAAUGCGUGUUGGUUGGUAAUUUGGGAUUGCACGGGAAUGCAAGUUGUGGUUUCAUAUGUUCUUUGUGCUUGUGAAGAUGUUUAAAGUUUAAUUACAUUCCAUCAUAACAUGAAGUCUGAUGCAUGGUUUAUUAUUUCA